UCUUUAUAAUGAAUAUCCUAACAGGCGGGUAUACACAUAAAACGGCCAGUGUAGACGUGCCUCGGCCGAGGCGGCGCGUGCGCUUACUCUGUGUGGAUCCGGCUAACGAUACAGAGGGCCUAUCGCUAAAUUUCGCUAUCGGCCUCUUCUUGCACAUGCGAGUGAUGGAGAGGCAGAAAAAUGAACAAAGUUGUUCGCGGUAGCACACAAUAAAUAAUAGUACUACCAUACAGAAAAGAAACUUCCUACAAAGCCGAAGUUUGACAGCGAUUCAGGGACGAAUCAUGCUGUCCCAUUCUAAUGUCCCUUUCGGCCAUUUAGGGUUGUCAAAAUUCAAGUCAUUAUCUUAUCUGUGGUUGUGCACGGAAAGGGACGUCAAGUUGUGCCACACGGUGCAAGUGUUGUUUUAAACGUCAAACGUCUAUGAGAUUAUGACGUUUAAAUAACACUUGCACCGUCUGGGCUAUUAAAAUCGCUGCCAACUUAGCUUAGUCUAACUCUAUAACUUUUGGUAAUGACACCAAUUAUUACUGUAGUCUGUUUAAUUCUUCAUGUAUCGUAUGAAGCUAUUUAAUAUGUAAGUUAUAAAACGUAUAAAUCUAAAAGUCUUAAAUUAAUAAAUAUUAUAGGACAUUAUUACACAAAUUGACUAUGUCCCUCCCACAAUAAGCUCAAUAAGGCUUGUGUUCGAGUCUUGCGAGUCUUAACCGGUAACAUUUGAAAAGCUGGCACUCCAUUGGGCAAGCGCCUGUCAAUAGUAACAAUGUUGCCGGUUUAGUGUGGUACUUUCUACUUUUAUCAGCUUUUAUUUAUUGUGUGCUACUUAAAUACUCGAAAACACGCAAUCGACAAAAAAUAAGCAUGAUUUGACUCAGACAUGAAAUAAAAAGAUUGAUAUUUUUUCUAUAAAUAAGAGAUAAAGGUUAGAAUAUUUAAAGCCUCGGCGUAUGUGAUAAGUCGGGUCCACACAGAGCGAGCGAGCGAGCACGUACGUGCGAGGCAAUUUCUCACGCAUAAACCGGCCAGUGUAGACGUGCCUCGGCUUAGGCGGCGCGUGCGUUUUCCUCGCCCGAGCGCGGCGCCUCGGCCGAGGCACGUCUACACUGGAUGGUUUGUGCGUGAGGAAAUUGCCUCGCGCGUAUGAACGCUCUGUGUGGACCCGGCUAUACACCUACGAUCCUGCCACAACAAGGCAGUCUCGAGGAAAUACUCAAGCAAUGGUUUGAAAUCGCGAUUUGAAAGUUUUCACAACUUUUUUGUCUGACAUAAAGUAUUGUAGAAUUUGUAGAUGCAAAAGGGACAAAAUAAAUGCAAUAAAUCAUUGUCAGACAUGAGAUACGAUACGAUCGUGCUACCGAGCGUGAUGUUGACAAUUGUUGUAGUAUAGAGAUAGUAUGCUUAAAAACUAGCUACUUCACAAAAUACCGUGGAAAAAUUAAAACCAUACAAACAUAAGUAAUGAAUCAUUGAACACCGUUAUUUGUAAUAUUUAACGAAAUAUCCGGAACUAACACAUGAGUCAUAUUUAAAAUGAUUGUGAAAUCGGGUAACAUUAUUUUAUGACGUGCCACCCCACAAAAUGUCAAACAAUAGAAAAACCGUUCUAGGCUCAACUAACGUCAAAAACACACCUUUUUUAUAUAGUUAGCAGUAAAAAAUAAACCCUAUCAUAAUCCAAUAGAGUCUAUUAUUGUUUGAUAGAUUGUAAUGUUUGAGGUUAAUGUUUGCAUGAUUAGUACCAACAUAACAACUUAAAACGUAGCGUCUGAUUGAACGAACGGAACGAUUUGUUAUUAUUAUAAGUGGGCAUAACCUUUAUUCUUUUUCGCUUUUAUUUUAAUCGAGAAUCGGUGCAAAUCCUUAUUAAUUAAUUCUUUUUACUUACACUAAAUGCUUCAUUGACUAAUUGUGCCGUAUAAAGUGUGAGAAGAUGUUCUGCAUCCAAGAAAAAGACUCUCACACGGACCCGUUCGCCACCACUGAAAAAGACCCGCUAGCAGCCCAGUCCUCCUCCGACGAUGAACCAGCCCCGAAGCGCCUCAAAACCUUCACACCAUCCCUCAACCUUCAAGUGUACCAAAUACCUGCUUUCAACAAGGGUCUAUCCAUAUUCCCGACCCCGGAUGUGAAACUGCCAAAAUUUGUGAACAAUCCAUUAAACUUGGCUAAUCCUCUGGCGUUGCCAAGUAUCCAGGCCAGUAAUGUGGUCAAGUCGCUGCAUAGUAGAUAUUCACUGCCGGCCAAGCUAAGCAUAACGCCGGUGCAAACACCGAAGAGUUGUGAUUCAGGUGGAAUUGUCAGGUAUAAGAAGAAUGGUGAGGUCGCCAAGAAAAGGGGCCCACCAAAAGGUUACAAGAGGAAACCUAAAGUCGAUCUAUCACAGAGUUUAAAUAACGGAGCACUCUUACAGGCACAAAACACGAUCCUGACGAGUCUCCUGGCCGCCACCAACACCACACUGAGCGUGAGCCAGCCCAGGCCAGUGCCUGUAGCGCCCAAGGUCACUAUAGUGCCCAAAGUUAAAGUUCCAGAUGGCGUGGAGCUCGUAGAAAUGACCUUGGACCCUGAAGACUGGUUUCCUGCGGAGCCCUACCGCAUGUCGUUCAGCCGCAAGAAGAACCCCAAGUGGAAGACCUUCCCCUACAGAUGUGAGCACUGCUUCAAGGGCUACCGAGUAGCCUCAACCCUCCUGCAGCACUCCGGCGAGCGCCACGGCUGCGUGCCCCGCGCGCUGGCCGUCCCGUGCCCGUGCUGCCCGCACGUCAGCCCGCGCAGGAAGCUGCACAAGAAGCAUCUCGAGACGCACGAGGGCAAGAGACGGAGGAUAUUCUGUCUCUACUGCCUGCCACCUAGAGACCCAUCAGAGCCCUACGUGAAAGAAUCCGAGAAGUACCCGUUCGACAAGUUCCCACAAUACUGGUACGCCUCCGAGGAGUCCCUCCGGCUGCACAAGAAGCGGAAACACCCGUACGCCGCCAUGCUGCACUACAACUGGUUCAACACGUGGACCGACGCUAUACCUAAUAGCUAGUAAGUUUCAUUUCUAACUUAGGGUUAGCCGAAGAAUUCUACGACAUAAACAUCUGGCUGAAUUGCUCACUGGAUACAAGCGACGAUAACGCAUGGUGUAACAAAAACGUGAAUACGCAACGUAAUAUGACAUCUGUCAAUUUUCAGAACGCCAGGGAUAUGGAAGGUAGAGGCAAGGAACAGAAUCUCCUUAGGCAGAACUGUUGCAGAAGUGUCCAGCUGUCAGCUAUAAAUAAUAGUUCCAAAUCUCUCCAGAGUAGCGCUAGAGUAGCUAAGAACCUAGGCGUUAUUGACGGAGUGAAGUGCGCUGUCUAUGAUUAGUUUUUUUUCUCAAGUAUUCUAGGUAUUGUAGCGCUACCUAUUUAUGGUUUGUUGUCGGACACUUUUUGGUAUAUGGAGAUUCUGUUCCUUGCUUCUACCUUCCAUAGCCAGGGAGGCGCCAUAGUUUGGGCACAGAGCGUAUAUUUUAUCAAAGAUAAUUUGAGUAUUUGUAGCCAUAGCGGCAGCAUGUUUUCGAGUGAUGAUCUAUUAGAUGGCGCCACUUUUUGAUAUUUAACAAAUUUAACACAUAAGUGAAAGAAUAAGGAUCAAAGUCAAAUGGCGUUCUAAAAGUUUUAAUUAUGUGUCGAAAGAUGGCAGUAAAUUUACUGUCGCUACAAAGUUUACUUUGACAAUCCACAUAUUUCAAAUUCUCCUUGAUUUUACCUACAAAAUCACGUUAAGGAACCUUUGAAAUGAUUAGUCUCAGAAAUCAAGACGAUUGGACCAAAAAUGCAGAAGUUCAAGAUGGCGACUACUUUCAUUUUUAAAACUUUUUGCUUCUAGCACUUCUGGUCGAUAGUAUCUCACGCCCAGGCAGACCGUACGCUUGUUUGCCACUAUGUUAGUUCAAAAGUGACAAUUGUAGUCGCCUCUGGAUCCAGUGUAGUAAGAAAGUAUAAAAUAUGUCAAUCGUAGAAAUUUUCAGUAAUUUAGUAGAAUUUUAGUUGACAGCUGACAGCAUUAGUAUUCCUUAUACUGGAAUGGUAGA